AUGCCUAUUCUUGACAAAAUAUAUAGCAACUGUAUAAAAGAUGAGAACGGAAAUAGAGAAAAGACACGUAUCAACUGUGCCAAAAAGUUGGAUAGUUCCAAGGAAAGAAUUACACACAUAACCCACUACUCAUUUUCUAACUCCAUGUGCUGUUUAUCAUAUAAUAAUACCUUAACACGUUCAGGUAAUGAAGAGGAUGAAAUUGAAAACUUUGAAAUGUUAGAAAAUGUAGAAAAUGUGGAAAAUAUGGAAUAUGGGGAAAUUACAGAAAAUGAGGAAAAUUUGGAAGAUUUAGAACGUUGUAGUGAUAUCAUGGGGAAACAUAAUUAUCCUGUAAGUGUAAUUGAAGAUAGCACAAGUUAUAUAUUUGAAGAUAUUAAAAGAACAAAAAUUAACAUUAACAACAAUGAUGAUGCAUAUUUACAUAAAUCGCUUAAUAGCUUUCUCAAAAGAGUAAACUACAAUAAUAUUAUUCGUCUAUUUCAAAAAAAAAUCUUCCACUUUAAAAAUUUGUCCAAUGAGUCAUUAUAUAUACAAAAUGGUGAGUGUAAGGAGAAUACGAAGAACUGCAGAAUAGCAAAUAAUUUUAAAAAUUAUAAAAAGAACGACUCAUUAAAACGUUUAUCAGGAGAAACACUGUUGAGAAGCCCUUUUCAUCAGCCCCAAAAUAAUAAUAGCAUUUCUAACCUCAAAAUUAUCAACGCCAGUUAUUCAAGUUUUUUUAGGAGAAGAAAAAUUGCGAAAAAAUUACUUCUCUUGCUUAAUAAGAAAAAAAUGAUAGACGAAAAAGUUAGUACCAAGAUGUGGUCAAAAGUGAUAAAGAAAAAUAAAUAUACCCUAUUCAGGAAAAAAAGAAGAAAAAAAGAAAAAAUAUUUACCAAUGAGUCAAAUGAACGUCCACAGAGAAAAAAGGAAAAAAUACAUAAAGGAAAACAGUGCUUAAACGAGAGAAAUGAAAAUUCUACCUUCACUAAAAUGGUUAAGAAAAACGAUACAAAUGAAGGUGCAACAAGAGAUCAUGCUAAUAUAUUAAGAGAACAUCGAGGUAACUCGACCAUCUUGGCGAGCUCGGUCAACUCGGCCAACUCGGUCAACUCGGUCAACUCGGCCAACUCUGCCAACUCGGUCAGCUCGGCCAACUCAGUUGAUUGUGUCCACUUUAGCAAUGGUCUUACCCUCUCAAAGUGUAGCACGAAGGUGAGUAACAUUAUAGAGGAAGAGGGGAAACAGAAUACCCCAUUCGUAAAUGUUCACCGGAAUAUAAUUGAUUCGUACUUGAAUAACGAGGAGUUGACCAUAUUUUCGGCGGACAAUUUUGUCGCUAGCGAUUUUUGUGUAAACAGUUUCACGGAGAACACUUUUAUAUCUAACUAUUUUUCUAUUAAUGAAUCCAUUAAGGAGUUAAUAAGCAACUGCAAUAAGAUUCUCAACAAUAACGUACUGCAUAACGGGUUAGACAACCGCACUGUUAUUGAUAGUAGUAUGAGCACACAAAGUACUACCAGUAACUCCUGUGAUUCAAUUUCCUCGAGAGAAGAAAACUACUUUAGAGGAAGAGAAACUAUUUACGACAUCAUUCCUCUGAGUAUGGAAAAUGGUACAACUGAACAUUCUAAUUUAGUGCAGAAUAAUUCCAUUAAUCGAAUAUAUAAAUUAACAGAAAAGCACAUUUGUGAUACUGUUAAUAUAAAAGACUGUAUUCAGAAUGAGAACCAUGACGAUGAGUCCUUUAGAAUGAACAUGAACUUAGAUAUGCACCUCAACGUAACCACAGAUUUGCGCCCAAAUGUGCACACCAAUGUACCUGAAGAUUUUUCCAAAAAUGUGGCCAGCAGAUUUUCAAAAAAUGAAGUUCCUGCUCACAAGGGAAGCCUAACUCGGGAAGAGAGUUACGUUUAUAAGGACCAAGUCGAGCUGGUUCUGAACAAUUUAACAUCAACCAAGUUUGAUAUUUUUGAGGAGCAGAGAAAUGUGAACAAAUAUGAAGCACAUCCCAAUUCAGAUGUGAGCAUAGGUGAAGAUGUACGAGAACAUGAAAAUAUUAAUCUAGGGAAAAGUACUCAAAUUGAAAAAGAUACAGUAUAUGUACCCUUCUUGCUGAAGAGAAGUCACUCGGGAAGUGCCGAUCGUUUAGAGGGAAAUGAUAGCGAUAAUAGAACGAACAGGUUGAACAAAACGAACACACACAACGAGUACAACGAAUACAACGAAUACAACAAACGCUAUCGAAUGAACAGAAAAGAUGGAACAGCGGAACACGCAAUUUUUCCUUCCCUCCAUUUUAAUUUAUCCCUGCCAUAUUUCUCAAGCUACGUUUGCUUAUCCAAUGUUCAUCAAAAAACAACAAAUGUGCAGGUAAAAAAAAAAAAGAAAAAGAAAGGAACAAUUCUUCAUUUUUGUUAUACUAAAAAUAAAAUUUCUAUAUUUAAUAAGGGACGAAAACAAAAUAGGAAAUUUAAAAAAAGUACAAUUUUUAAAAAUAAUAAUAGAAAAAAUUUUACCAUAUAUGAUAAAAAUAUUUUAAAAAAAAAAAAAAAAAAAAAUUUUACCAAUCAGAAUAAUAUGCUCAAGGAGAAGAAAAAAUGGCUACAAGAAUAUAUGAAUAGUAAGUACCAUAAAAAGAAUAUGCACAAUAUAAUUUGUACAAAGAGAAAAAAGCUAAACAAUCAGUUGAUGAUAAUUGCACCAUGCCAACAUGAUAUCAAUAAAAAUAUCGUUGAAAAUGGUAUCAAUAAUAAUGAUGAUAUAUGCAACUUGGGGAAAAGAAAUGGUUCGGAUAAUGUAAUACGUGCAAAUCUUGAAGACAUGAGCAACCAGGAUAAGAGAGAGAAUUCUGUCAAAGCUACAAAUAAAAGAGUAGAAGCCGUUUGUUGUACUAAGAAAAAGGUUUGUACAAAUAAUAACAGAAGAUAUUCUACUGCGAGUGCGUAUGGAAAUGGACACCAAGAUGCCCAUCCGAAUGGUAUCACUGAGUUCUCUAAUUACUCUAACGAUUACUCUGAUAAAUGUUCUAGUGAUUGCACUGAUAACUGCUGCCCUAGUCGCUAUAUAGGUAGAUUUUCUUCAAAGCAAAUGGACGGUGAUAUAGGAUCUAGAACAUACAAAGCAGCAAAAGACAAAUCGUCUCAUCCCAUCACUGCUCAUACAAAGAGUAAUAGAAGCAGCAGGAACAGCAACAGUAAUACUGUAAUGAUAAGUAAAGAAAAAGAUGAAAAUGGGGAUAAUAAAAAAAAAUCAAACAGGAAAUAUAACAAGCUUCCAACUGCGCAGUUAGAUGUAGAUCCAACUCUACACAACACAAGCUGUUCUCAACAGAACGUGACAAAUAAACAUGAACGAAGCGUCAGUUCUGUGUAUAUUAAAAUGGAGCAUAUGUUAAACCACUUGAUUAGUUUAAAGAAAGAUAAUAAAAGGAAUAUCAAUCUUACGAUAACAAGUAAGGGGGAGUGUAAAAGUUCUGUAGGCGAUUACAGUAUUACGUGCAAUAUGGAAAGUCGAAAGGGUGUGUCUACAACUGAUGGUAGAAAAAAAUCGACCCAAUGUAACAAAAGCAAAAUGGUAAACAAACAAAAAAAUAAAAUACCUAGGAGUGAAGUUAGUCAAACAAACAAUAGUGAAUAUAUAAAGAAACUAGUUGUAGAAAUAAAGCUAAAAAAGUGCAAGGAAAAUGUUUUCGUAUAUUUAUAUGCAGAGAAUGAAGUGAAAAUUUGCAAAUUUGCUGUUGACUUGGACAUAUUAGAAGAGCACAGUAAAAUGUUUAAAAUAAUGAUUGUUAAUGAAGAAGAAAAAUCGGGCAGUUUCAAAAAAGAUGAUAUAAUAAAAAAGUACUGCAACGGUUUAUCAUCCAGAGCUGAAAAGGAGCAUAUUUACGAAAUGGUAAGUAGUUGUUUAAAUGUGGAAAAUUUUUUGGCUCUAUUUACUUUUGUAAGAGUUAAAAAUAAAAUGAAUAAGUUUUCAAUAGAAGUAAAUGAUAUAAUAGUACAAAUAAAUAACAUGAACAUACAUAUGAAUGAUAUAUUAGUAGCGAUAUCAAAUCUCAUUCCUAUAUUACAACUUCUUAGUAAUAAAAAAAAUACUACAAUAAUAGGAAUAAAAAGAAAAUUAAUGAAUUUUUUCUUACAUUUAACUAAUAUAUAUAGUGCUAUUUUUCAACUGGUAAAAUCACAGAGUUCUGCUCUAUCAUUCAUAAAAUAUAAUCAUCAGAUAGUUAAGGGCUACAUAUAUUUUGUGAAAACGUUUUCCAGCUAUCUGUUUGAAGGUGUUAUAGAAAUACAAAGUUCCUACAUGCAAAUAAAAGACAUAAACAAUAAUAUAAUACAAGACUACUUAAAUGAAGAACAAGUAAAUUUUUUUUCAAAUUUUUUUACCAAAUUAAUAUCUUACUUAAAUGUUCAUUUUAAAAAAUUAUUUAUCUUUAAAAAUAUUUUAGACAUUUAUUUAAUAGAGCUAAAAAACUUCAAAAAAUAUUAUAAGGAAUAUAUAUAUAACAAAUUCACCAUUUUCGUUAGCUCCAAAUGCCCAUACGAUCUUUUGCUCUUUUCAUUCCUAGUUAAAUGCAAAUGUUUAUGUCAAUUAAGUCUGCGGAAUAUAUGUAGCAACUUGAACAUUAAUAAGUUUCACAAGUACAAAAAUGUUUACUCUCUAUUGCUAAAUAGAAAAUUAAAAUACAACAUUCUAAAGAAGGUUAAAAUAGUAGCACAAGAAGAGUUAUACAUCGAAUUGAAAAAUAUUCUUUUUUCCAAAGAGUUAAAUGCUAUUGUAACAAAUUCAAUACAUAAUGAGCUCAUAGAAAAAGACAAAGUGAAAAGAAAUGCAGAACGGACAUUGGACAUAAAUAUUUACAACAAUUCCCUCCCCGAUAAUACUCAUUAUGCGAAAAUAAACAAGUGCAUUGAAUUGAGAAAAAAUGAACAUCCAAAAAAUGAACAUCCAAAAAAUGAACAUCCAAAAAAUGAACAUCCAAAAAAUGAACAUCCAAAAAAUAAACAUGCAAAAAAUGAACAUGCAAAAAAUGAACAUGCAAAAAAUGAACAUGCAAAAAAUGAACAUCCAAAAAAUGAACAUCCAAAAAAUGAACAUCCAAAAAAUAAACAUCCACAAAAAGAACAUCCACAAAAAGAACAUCCAAAAAGUGAACAUCCAAAAAAUGAACAUCCAAAAAAUGAACAUUCACAAAAAGAACAUCCACAAAAUGAACAUCCAAAAAGUGAACUGCCAAAAUAUGAACCGCCAAAAAAUGAACUGCAAAAAAGUAAAGAAGCUUCAAAGAGGCUCAAAUUAAAGUUCAAAGGAAAAAAUGUACUACCAAACCAUGGUGUUUCAUCAUACGUGAUGCCUACUCAUAGUAUAUCUCCAUCUUUCCCUUUUAUUAAUUAUAAAAAUACCAAAAAUGAUGAAAACACGAACAAUAUAUUAAAAACAAGCAAUUCAUUAAAGUUCGUAAAAAAUAUUAGAAGAUUCCUCGACAUAAGCAGCUUCUUUACAUAUGACGAUUUUUCGGUGCGAAAAAAUUAUUCCUCAGAUAAAAAUAUGCGCACGGAAAAAAAUGAACUCAGUAAGACAUCAAUUAUCGCAAAAAAUCAACAUGUAAAACGAUAUUACAAUACUGAAGAAUGCUCCUUUAAGUUAACUGUAGAAAAAAAGAAAGAACGUUUAACUAAAGAAAUAAACCGCUUAAAAAAGACCUUCAAAAAAUAUGAACAGAAAAUGGAAAAUGAGCAGGAAGAAAGGAAAAUAAAAUGUAUAAUUAACAGAAGUUACCAUUCAAAAAAAAAAAUGAAUUUCACCAGCCUCUCUGAUGAAUAUACUUACCACAAUUUUAUUGGAAAGGAUAAAAAAAAAAGAAAUAACUAUGGUACGAACAAAAGUACAUUAGGAGGAAGAUCAAAUGAAAGAGCAGAAUUAAUACAAAUUGAGGAAAAAAAAAAAAAAAAAAAAAAUCAAGACGUUUUGGUUAAUUGUUAUGAACAGUCAGGUAAAAUGCAACAAAAAAUGAUGUCUGAAUCAUGUGAAAGGAAAAAAAAAAAAAAAAAAAUUAAGGAAAAUAUUCAGAACAUAAAGGAUAUUGAAAAAAAGUACAAGGAACUAAAACAAAAUGAGAAAAAAGAAAAAUUCAUCAAAAAACUAAACGAGUGGAAAUUAAAAAAAAUGACAAAAAGAAUUAACAUAAAUCUUCUAAAAAUUAGAAGACUGAAAAAUACAAAACAGGAUUCCUUUACCUCUUUAGUUAAAAAGGAUAUUAACGGAUUUGCCACAAGAAUCAAAUAUAAAAUAAAUGAUCCAGAGAAAUAUAUUAUUAUGGAUGAAUCCUCCAAUACACUGAAUGAAGCAAUUAAUAUCACAGAUGAAAAAUGUAAAACCAUGAAUGAAGCAUAUAAUGUAUUUAAAAAUGAAUGCAUUUCAGAAUUAACCAAGAUUGCUAAUUUAAAUAAAAAGGACGCUAAUAAUUGUGAAGAAACUGAAAAGAUUAAAUAUAAGUUUUCUGACUAUUCGUUCAAAUUAAAUCAAAUAAAAGGUGAAUCUCCUUUGCACGAACCAAAAAAUGCAAGUUAUAUAAUUAAGAAAGUAAUUAUUAACGCAAAAACACAAAUAUGUUAG